AAGGACCAGCUAGCUGUCUCUAUUUCGAGAUCCCUAACUCUACACAAUGGAAGAAAUACGUACUUCCGAACAAUCCAAACCCCUCUAUCAAAGCCUCAGAGACGGUGAUGUAUUAGAAGUGGUGAAAGCUUGUGCAAAAGCUACUACUCUUGAAGCAAGAUUGAAGCUAAUUCCAACAGUGCACGACGACACAAUCCUCCAUAUCGCGAUUUACAUGAGGCAAGAAAGCAUCGCAAUGAAAAUCAUCGAAAUUAGCAGCGGGGAUAAUGACGAGCUAAUCACAAAACGCAAUCAGUUUGGAAACACAGCUCUUCAUGAGGCCGCAGCAACUGAUUUUGUACGUGUUGUGGAGAAGUUGUUGGAAAAGGCACCGGAAUUGCUGUCCAUUCCAAACAAGAAAGGGGAAAUGCCUCUCUAUACAGCAGCUCACUUUGGCCAGAAAAGAAUUUUCAAAUUGCUGGCUGAAAAACUGAAAAACAAUGAUGAUCUCUGUCUCCAUUUGUGCUCCCUGUAUCCUUCCUACGUCAACCCUGUUACAAAAAGUGAGAAGUACUCCUACGACCCUGAACACAUACGCAGUACCAUUCUUCAUGCUGCAAUACAUGCCGAGUUCUUUGAGCUUGCACUUUUCAUAGCUAGAAAGCCAGAGUAUGCAAAAAAUCCGAAAAUUGUUCAACUAAAAGACGAAAAUUCGAAGACGCCUCUUCAGCUCCUCUCAUCCAAUUCUUCAGCAUUCGAGAGUGGAAUGAAAUGUGGACUGAUCAAGAGGUUCAUUUACUACUGUGCUCCAUAUGAGAAUGCUAAAGAAGAAGAAGCUCAUGUACAAAAUUCCAGUGAUGAUAGUCAUGUACAAAGUUCCAGUAGAGCUACUCUGUUUCUAAGGCGAGUCAUCUCUUCAGUACAUAGAUCUGUUUGGAUUGUUCUGCGAGAAUGGCGAACGAUGGAGAAGAUUCAUGACGAAAGGAAGAGGCAUGGACUUGCUUUAGAACUAGCCAAGUUUCUAAUUGCAGAAGACUUUUCAUGGGACAUCAUCAUGCAACAAUCGAAUCCAAAAAAAGUAGCGCCAUCCCAGUCAGGGACUCCAGACAUACAACAAUCCAAUCCAAAAACAAAAGCGCAAUCCCAGUCAGGGAAUCCAGACAUACAACAACCCAAUCCAAAAACAAAAGCGCCAUCCCAGUCAGGGACUCCAGACAUACAACAAUCCAAUCCAAAAACAAAAGCGCCAGAUAUCCCAUUGUUCAUUGCAACAAGCAAUGGAAUAUUAGAAAUUGUGGAGGAGACACUUAGAGUCUACCCUUCGUCACUUGAGUAUACAAACAAAGAGAAGCAGAACAUACUGCACCUCGCUAUAAUGCACCGUCAGUCGCACAUCUUUGAUCGAGUGAUGACGAAGAGGAACGACUGGUUAACGUCAAGGUUGACUCGAGAAACCGAUAAGAAUGGAUUCACAAUACUGCACUAUGUUGGUUUAAUGGAAUUUUAUAAAGGAGGCACCCAGCCUGGUCCUGCACUUCAGUUGCAAGAAGAGUUAGAAUGGUAUGAGAAGGUGAAGAAGUCAGUCCCACGAUAUUUUGCAAUGAACCGCAGCAGCAGUAAUGAACAAAAAGAGACACUCGAAGAGUUCUAUGAUCGAAAAUAUAAGGAAACUGUAAAGGAGUUGUCUGAGAAUGUGGAUAAGAUAAUUCCACCCAAAUCUGUAAAUAAACUUGGCUUGGACGAAAGCAAAGAGGAGACCCCCAGAGAGUACUUCGGUCGAACCCAUGGGGAGCUCCUCGAGGAAGCACAAGAAUGGCUAGAGCGGACCUCCAACUCGUGCUCCUUGGUGGCCGGACUAAUUGCCUCCGUCGCCUUCGCGGCCGCUUUCACCAUCCCGGGCGGCAACAACGGCAGAAACGGCCAGCCCAUCCUCAUCGACAGCCCUUUUUUCUUGGUCUUCAUCAUCACUGACGCUCUCUCCAUCGCCAGCUCGCUGACUUCACUCGCCAUGUUCCUCUCCAUCCUGUCGUCACCGUACGAGCUCGACGACUUCCUCCGCUCUCUCCCUCGGAAGCUCAUCCUCGGCUUCACCUCCCUCUUCUUCUCGGUGGCUGUCACCAGCCUCACCUUUGCCUCCACAAUGAUGCUGACAAUUCCGAUGAAGAAGCGCCUGACUACAACUCUUAUAUACUGCGUUGCGGUUCUUCCGGUCACCAUGUCUGCGCUGUUGCAGCAUCCGUUGUGGGAGGCCUUAAAAAGGACUGGAAAGUCCUCAGUCAAAGUCGUGACAAGAAUUCUUCCAUCAGUUCCAUGGCCACUUAUCGAAACUGCUUGCUCAAAGGCCACUAAGGCCCACACUUCAUGAUUCAUUAACCAUUUAGUCAGCUUUAACUCCCUAAACAAAUAACGUCACACAAACUCCAUGGUGAUAGCCUAUUAGGGUAUUAUUAAUUGUUCGCUCUAAUGAUUAUGAUGCCAUUGUCCUCAAGAAAGACAGUAUCUUAUCUCCGUCAAUGUCUUAAUUUUUUUUUUUUUUCCGCAAAUACAUAGUUCCUGCUGAGAGUUGAGUGCUGUUCCAUUUUGAAGCUUCAACUGUGCCAUCUUGUCACUCA